CUAGCAGCUAGCUAGUUACGCAGUAGCAGUUCGGCGUCGGGCAGCUAAUAAAACAUUGGACCAAUGCCUUAGAAAAGCCUUUUCUCCGCCUCCCUCUGAUAAUAUGAAUGUUGUCAAUUGAUGUCAGUGGACGCUGUUCAUUAGAAAAACCGUGAAACACCGAUGUUAGCGUCAGACUGCUUAUUCUUUGCAGCGGCCACAUUUUCCGUUUUUGGCCGAGCUAGCUCCUAGCUGACGAGCUAGCCUAGCCCCUGUUAGCCUGUUAGCACGCCUGUGAUGGCACAGCCGGAGAGCGACGGGAUAAAGGAAGACUAGACUCUGCAUGGCGACGGACUGGCAGCAGUGGGAGUGAGCAGCCAAUCAGCCGAGGCCACCGGUAGCAACAUGGCGUCCCGUCAGAGGAACUCGGUCCGGAUCCUGUCCAGCCGGGAGCGAGGAUCCCAGACCUUUGGCUCUCAGCGGCUCCUGCAGCUGCUGGUGGAGGAGAAAGUCCGCUGGAUGAAAUGGCAGAGUCAGAAAGUGGAGCUGCCGGACAGCCCUCGCUCAACGUUCCUGCUGGCGUUCAGUCCAGACAGGACCCUCAUGGCUUCCACACAUGUGAACCACAACAUUUACAUAACAGAGGUGAAGACUGGAAAGUGCCUACAUUCCUUAGUGGGCCACCGUAGAACCCCCUGGUGUGUGACCUUCCACCCCACCAUACCCGGCCUGGUGGCCUCCGGGUGCCUUGAUGGCGAAGUCCGCAUCUGGGACCUGCAUGGUGGUAGUGAGAGUUGGUUUACAGAGAGCAAUGUUGCCAUUGCCUCCCUGGCCUUCCACCCGACCGCUCAGCUCCUCCUCAUCGCCACCAACAACGAGCUCCACUUCUGGGACUGGAGCCGACCGGAGCCGUUCGCCGUGGUCAAGACGGGCAGCGACACGGAGAGAGUCCGGUUGGUGAGGUUUGAUCCUCUGGGUCACAACCUGCUGACAGCGAUAGUGAAUCCGUCCAAUCAGCAGAACGAGGAGGACUCUGAGGUUCCUAUGGACAGUGUAGAGAUGCCUCACUUCCGUCAGCGCUCCUUCUUGCCCACGCAGCCGGUUCGCCGCACGCCCAUCCUCCACAACUUCCUCCACAUCUUGUCGUCUCGCUCCCCGGGGGCUCAGGCAGGAGGCGAGCAGCCGCGCCCUCUUGGUGAAAAUGGAAGCAACGUCGGAGAAUCUCCCAGCAUGCAUCUGGCCCAGUUCCCCAGCUCCGAGCGGGGGCCUCCAUUCCCUGGCUGCACGCAGCACCUGGGCAUGGUCUGCCUGUGCAGUCGCUGCUCGGUCAAUCGUAACCCUUCCCUGGCCACCAACGGUUCCUCUGCGCCCCCCUCUGAUCCCAGGGUGUCAGCCGACGCCCCCCAGCCUCCCUCAGCUUCCACGUUCUCCUCGGCCCGUACGGAGCCCAGGCAGCCGUCAGAGCGGCCCUCGGCCUUUACCUCAGUCUACUACAGCACCGGCACUUCUCUGAAUCCACCUGCACCGAGCGGCAUCGAGCCGCACUCCGCCUCCAGAGCAGGACCCGACUGGACACGCAACCUGCUAAGCAUGAGGGAGGGGGGCGUCGGCCCGGGCAUGCUGCCUCCCAGAACCUCCUCCUCCUCCUCCAUCAGCCUUCUGUCAGUGCUCCGUCAGCAGGACGGCUCCUCUCACUCCCCUGUCUACACCUCUGCCACUGAGGGCCGGGGUUUCCCCCAGCAGGGAGGGCCCGGGGCCCGGGACGCUGCCGGUACAAGCAGUGGGCACCACCCGUUCUGGGACGGCUCUCGCAGCAACACGGCGUCCUUCCGUAACGUGCUGCAGUGCAACCUGAGCCGCUACUUCAUGGAGUUCGACCGCAUGCAGGACCUGGAGCCGCCGUUAGGGGGCGGCAUGGCGGACGGGAGCCAGGAGCAGAGCCAGGAGCUGCUGAAUAAUAACAUGGACCCAGACAGACCCGGGCCUUCCUCGUCCUCCUCCUCCACCACCCCCACCAUCAUCCACUACCAGCCUCCCCUCCCUCCCCCUCCUUCCUCCCACAGCCUGGAGAACAACGUUCCACCCCCGGCCUCCCGAGGCCACCUGAACCGCUGCCGGGCCUGCCACAACCUGCUGACUUUCAACCACGACUCUCAGCGCUGGGAGCGCACAAACCAGUCCUCCUCCACCUCCGCCUCCGCUCUGGAGCCCUCCUCCUCCUCCUCCUUCCCUGCUUCUUCUUCUUCCCCCUGGCAGCCUGAAGAGAGCAGGAGGACACUAGAAGCCCAAACCCAGGAGAGGAGGGCGCCUCCGGAGCCCAGCGAGCAGCCGCCUCCGCCCGGGGGUGGAGGAGCGGGAACAGUGGCCUUCCCCAUCGCCCCGUCCUCCAGCCAGCCUGGAGAGCAGACGGUGGGCUUGGUGUACAACCAGGACACGGCGCAGUGGGAGAGGGUGUACCGGCAGGCCACUGCCGGACGGUCGGCAGAGCCACCGGAGGCCUUAAGCCAAGAAAUGCCUGUUGACCCCCCAGACGAGGACUCCCUGAGGAGGCGACUGUUGGAAUCAUCUCUGUUAUCGUUGUCUCGUUACGACAUGUCGGGAUCAAGAGACCACCCCAUUUACCCCGAUCCAGCCAGGCUUUCUCCAGCUGCUUACUACGCCCAGAGGAUGAUCCAGUAUCUGUCCAGACGGGACAGCAUUCGCCAGCGCUCGCUCCGUUACCAGCAGAACCGCCUGCGGGCCAUGUCGUCUUCAUCGGACAGUCCCGCCAGCAACCCGUCCAGCUCCAUGGACAACAGUGACGUGGACUUUGAGGAGCUGGAUGAUAACGGAGACCGAGCGAGGCACAGGACGCCCCGUAACGCCAGGAUGUCUGCACCCUCGCUGGGUCGCUUCGUCCCACGGCGUUUCCUCCUCCCUGAGUACCUGCCCUAUGCUGGAAUCUUCCAUGAGAGAGGGCAGCCCGGCCUGGCCACACACUCCUCUGUCAACAGAGUCCUUGCCGGGGCGUCAAUCGGGGACGGACAGUCUGCAGUCGCCAGCAACAUCGCAAACACCACCUACCGUCUACAGUGGUGGGACUUCACCAAAUUCGACCUGCCUGAGAUCAGCAACGCCUCGGUCAACGUCCUGGUGCCAAACUGUAAGAUCUACAACGACGCGAGUUGCGACAUCUCUGCGGACGGUCAGCUGCUGGCCGUCUUCAUUCCCAGCAGCCAGCGGGGUUUUCCAGACGAGGGCAUCCUGGCCAUCUACUCUCUGGCUCCACACAACCUGGGAGAGAUGCUCUACACCAAGAGAUUUGGUCCGAACGCCAUCUCCGUCAGCUUGUCUCCGAUGGGCUGCUACGUGAUGGUGGGUCUGGCCUCUCGCAGGAUCCUGCUGCAUCCCACCACCGACCACAUGGUGGCGCAAGUCUUCCGCCUGCAGCAGCCUCACGGAGGAGAGACGUCGAUCAGGAUGGUGUUCAACGUGGUUUACCCCAUGGCUCCAGACCAGAGGCGCCAUGUCAGCAUCAACUCGGCUCGCUGGCUGCCGGAUCCUGGGAUGGGUCUGGCUUAUGGAACCAACAAAGGAGACCUGGUCAUCUGUCGGCCUGUGUUCUAUCGCAGCGAUGGUGAGAGCCCCGGAGAGUCGAGCAGUGAACCUUUAUUCUCCGUCAACAACAGUGGAACCAGUCGGAGCCGAGGUUCUGACAGACCGGGACCUAACCGCUCCGGCUGGAGGCUGGACAGAGACAUGGGACUGAUGAACGCGAUUGGUCUACAGCCGCGACACCCCGCCCCCUCGGUGACGUCACAGGGAACCCAGACGCCGAUCGUCCAGCUGCAGAACGCUGAGACACAAACGGAGAGGGACCUAUCAGAGCCCAGCGUCUCCCAGCUGCCACUCAACGUCCCUCCUCCUGAGACUCCUUCCACCAGUCGAGCAGCUCAGGCGCAGCUGGAGGCGUCUCAGAGCAGCAGAGCUCAGGACGGGGUCCAGGGUGAAGCUUCGGCCGAGGCCAACACAUCCACAGCUUCAGGAGAGUCUCCGGAGUUUGGUUCAGGUGAAGACGCUCUGGCUCGGAUCCGCCGGCUGAUCGCGGAGGGCGGGAUGACGGCCGUGGUUCAGCGGGAGCAGAGCACCACCAUGGCCUCGAUGGGCGGCUUCGGGAACAACAUCAUCGUCAGCCACCGCAUCCACCGCGGCUCCCAGACGGGAUCCGGGGCCUCCAGGCCCCCGGCCGACCCCGCCGCCACCACCCCUUCCUCCUCCUCCUCCUCCUCCUCAGGUCCCCUCCUCAUCGCCCCAUCGUACCCCCCUCCCCGUGCUCCUGACCCGUCUGAACAGCUGGCUCCGGCGUGGGGCCCCCAGGUGCUGUCGGGCCCCCGGCCCUCCGGCCUGUCUCUGGCUGUGGACAUGGACGACGUGUUUGACGGAGGACGAACGGACGACGACUCCCUACCGGGUCCCUCCUCCUCCUCCCUGCUGCUGUCUUCCCCCUCCUCCUCCUCCUCCUCUUCUUCUCACAGCCCCCUCCCCGGCGGCAGCGGGGGGGCCCGCCCCAACAGUUACCCCGGCGACCCGUACAGCAGGUAGUUCUCCUGUCGGCCAGGAGAAGCAGAGCGUCGGCCGACGGGUUUCAUAGAGGGCGCUCCUCAAAGCCUUAUCUCACAAAGAAAUGGGUGCUGCUUCGACUCUGCACAGGGUCUCCCGCCUGGAAAAGAAGGGACACAAGAACCCCCGCCUCACCCCGCCUCACCCCGCCUCACCCUGAAACCAUGAGUGGCAUUGGCGUGCACUUCCUCUGCACUUAAACUGAAGCUGAACCGCGAUCAUUCCUCGUCAGAAAGGGCUUCUAGUUGAACGGAGGCCGGUCGGUGCUGAGCUCCUCUCUGCUCAGCGUCAUGGAAGACAAGGUUCCUGUGUAUCAAAGUGCCAUGUCUGAGGGGGAGGGGGAGGACGGGGAGGACGGGGGAGGACGGGGGUAUCUCUUUCUCACACACAUUUACUCCAACGUGCUGCAUUCGGUGCCAUGUGAUGUUGAAUUUGAUGUGAAAUAGUGCGUGAUUGAAGUGUUCAAAGUGAAUUCAGCACUACUUUAUUUUGAAGCCUGUUUUUGUACCGUGUGUAAUUAUGAUGUUUGAACAGAGGAAGGCGUCGGAGGCCGGACGCUGCAGCUCAUGGAGGACGUUCCCGCCGUGUCCUCGCCGUGUGGAGAAUCAAUCAUCGAUGACUGAAUGAACUGAGACUGAAUGAACUGAAUCUACUGCAUGUCUCUACAAUAAUGCUGCAGUUCAUCAAACAAACAAUGAUUUUUCUUUUUCAAAAGGCUGAAGAGGAGACGAACCAUUUCCUGUUUGAGGGCGGGGGUGGGGGGGCUGCUCCAAACACCUCCCCCCUCUAAAAUACCCACCAGACCCAGUUGCACUAUGGUGUGUUUGAUGUGUGUGUGAGUCUGUUUGGAGCUGGUGUGAAACCAUGAGACCGACAACGACGGCUGUUGAUCUAAACUUCAUGAUCCUGGUUUUUCCCUCUGGUCCAGACUCUGCUGGUUUAAUAACAGAGCUGAGCCUCAGCUUUACUUUAACUUUAUAAACACCUGUGGACGAUGAAGAAGUUUGGAUUCUGUCUGGACCCGUAGAAGGAAACACACAAAGACUGGUUUUAUUAAAUCUCAUGUUCAGACUCAAACCAACUGUUGGUCCGUCUCUCAACACCUUCCCCCCUCUGUCUGUGGCUCUCAGCUCUGAGCUCUUUGGUUCCUGCUGAAGACUUAAAACAGUCUGAGGUGGUUUCAGUCUGAGCAGGAGGUUUGAUGAUGAGAAACCAGACUUCAACUUCAGCGUCGUUUAAAUCAGAUGUUAGUUCUGGAUCAGGUCAGAAUCUGAGUCACCAGGUCCAAACAGAGGCUCCUGUUGUGUGUGUGUGUGUGUUUGUGUGAGUACAGAGACGUGUGUGAGUGUGUGGUGGUGUGUUUUAUUGGGGAGAGGCAGGAGACGUGUAGCAUCUCUCUGCUCGGUGUUAUCUGGUCACACUUUUCCACCACGGGAACUGAACCACCUGGAACCUGGAGAUCCUCAGAACCUGAACCUGCAGGAACCAUUGGUUUUUGGUUCUGCCACUGAAGCACAGACGUCAUAUUUGAUCAGAGUUCAGUCAGUCGUUAGCUCUGAUCAGAUUUUUCCUUUUCCUCGGUAUCGUUAAAUGAUCCCACCUUCAGCAGGUCGUCAGCUGAACAGAGCAACAAGAGACCAGGAGACUGACUCCAGAUCAGAUCAUCGGUCACAUUUUUCCUGUUUGGCUGUGACAUCUUUAACUGAGACUCUCCUGUGUUUAAUGAUUCCUCUUUAUCUUUACUUGAUGAUCACACGGCAGAGCGCCGACUGUCAGACUGAGUCUCUCACAACAUUUACAGGUGGGCUUCGUUCAUUUCUGUGGAAGUGUAAACACCUGCCUCAGACUGACGGAAUCUUCCUGUUAGAAUCCACUAAGACAAACAGCUUAAACAGCAUCAGAUGUUUCUUAUGGAGCGUCUGAAGGGAUGCGACACAGAGUCUCUGGAUCUGUAUAUGAAUCUGAGGUACCUGAACAUCACACAGAUUGUCCUCACCUUCAGCUCCAGGUUCAGUUCCUGUGGUGGAAAACUAACCCCCCCCCGUCUUCGAACUCCUGCAGAAGAAAACUUGAAUUUUUUGAUCAAGCUCUACUUUUCCUCCUGCAGCCUGUGAGACUGUACAGCCGCCAACGCUCGCAGCUGUUUUAGAGUUUGUUUUUUUAUUCUUAUUCCACAUGUGCUUAGCCAUCCACACAUGAAGCUGCAUAGAGGUUCAUGUACUGAUAGUGUUUAAGUUGUGUAUGUGUGUUUUUUUUGGGGGGGGGGGGUAAACGGACCUAUGAAAUGAAGAGGAGGAGGAGAGCCCUGAUUGGAGCUGUGCAGAGACACUGUGUGAUCGGAGACAGAGCUGUUUACUUUUUAUUUUUUAUUUAACCUUUAUUUCCUGCAGGUUUAGUCCAGGUGAGGUCAGGGACAGGGGGGAGGGAGGGGAGGGAGGGGGAGGACAGCAGCUGCAUGUAAAGAGAAACACAAACAGCAGGUGAUCUGAAUGCUCCUCCUGGCUUUACUUGAUCAAUGAACAUUUUAAAAACGUUGUUUGGGUGAUGUUGUGUCUGUUUUGUGUGUGUUUGGGGGAGGGAGGGGGGUGACUUUACCCUCCCCCCUCCUCCCCCUUCUUCUCUUGUGAAUGAUGAACAGAGCGUCACCGUUUUCAACAAUGCAACAGAUAAAUAAGGAAGGUACACCUGUCACCAAACCCUGCUCUGUCAGACUGUGGAGUUUGUACAGCUGCGAUUCUCUGCUUUGACUUUUAGACGUGAUGUAAUUAAAGAGCUUUGAGAGUUUUUCUGUGACCAGGUGGAGUCGUUGACGGUGAUUCAGUCAUGAUUCAUCCAUAAUGUGUUUAAAAAAAUCAGCUGGUUCCAGUCUGGAGGAAUAUUCAUGUGUCGAGCUCCAAAUCUUUUAUCUCCUGUUAAUCUCAGCUUUUAUUAGCAGACAGUGAUGUAAACACACACUCAGGUAGUCAUUUAGAUUCAAAGCUAAUAAAUAAUUUAUCGGGCAAA